UUGGGCCUUCAGUCUACUUUUCCCGUACACUGCUUCGCAAAACCAAAAAGGUUCCGAGAUUCAACAAUAAUGGCGGCGUCAACGAACUCUUUCCUUACCGGAAACCAAACCAACCUCCCUUCCUUCAAACCCAAACCCAUCUCCCAAUCCUUUCUCCACCUCACCAAACCUUCCACCCUCAACCUCACCUCCCCAACCAAACCCAUUUCCAUCAGAUGCGCUUCCACCUCCGCCGGAUCCGACCCGCGAGUCAUCAACUUCGCAGCGGGCCCAGCCGCCUUACCCGAAAACGUCCUCCUCAAAGCCCAAUCAGAGCUUUACAACUGGCGCGGAUCCGGCAUGAGCGUCAUGGAGAUGAGCCACCGCGGCAAAGAGUUCCUCUCAAUCAUCCAAAAAGCCGAAUCGGAUCUCCGCCAGCUCCUCUCCAUCCCUCCAGAAUACUCCGUCUUGUUCCUCCAAGGCGGCGCCACCACCCAAUUCGCCGCUCUCCCUCUCAAUCUCUGCGAAUCCGACGAUCCCGUCGAUUACGUCGUCACCGGAUCUUGGGGAGACAAGGCCUUCAAGGAGGCGCUGAAAUAUUGUAACCCUAAAGUGAUUUGGUCAGGAAAGUCUGACAAGUACACUAAAGUUCCGACCUUUGAUGAGUUGGAGCAGAACCCGCACGCCAAGUAUUUGCAUAUAUGCGCCAAUGAGACGAUUCAUGGAGUUGAGUUCAAAGACUACCCUGUUCCUAAGAAUUCAAAUGGUGUCUUGAUCGCUGAUAUGUCUUCGAAUUUCUGCUCCAAGCCGGUUGAUGUGUCCAAGUUCGGUGUGAUUUACGCCGGUGCGCAGAAGAAUGUUGGUCCUUCAGGUGUCACUAUCGUGAUUAUCAGAAAGGAUUUGAUUGGGAAGGCUCGUGAUGUUACUCCUGUGAUGCUUGAUUACAAGAUUCAUGAUGAGAACAGUUCCUUGUACAACACGCCUCCUUGUUUCGGGAUUUACAUGUGUGGUCUUGUGUUUGAUGAUCUGUUGGCGCAAGGUGGGUUGAAGGAAGUGGAGAAGAAGAACCAGAGGAAAGCUGAGUUGCUUUACAAUGCUAUUGAUGAGAGCAGAGGUUUUUUCAAGUGUCCUGUAGAGAAGUCUGUGAGGUCUUUGAUGAAUGUUCCUUUCACUUUGGAGAAAUCGGAGUUGGAAGCCGAGUUUAUCAAAGAAGCUGCCAAGGAGAAGAUGGUGCAGCUCAAGGGGCAUAGAUCAGUGGGAGGUAUGAGAGCUUCCAUUUACAAUGCAAUGCCGUUGGCUGGAGUUGAAAAGCUCGUUGCUUUCAUGAGACACUUCCAGGCAAGGCAUGCUUGA